UGACAGAUCCUGUUCACUCUCGACUCGGAUUGGCCUUCGGUGUACUCGCAAUGGCUCUAGCGAUUCAUGCCGAGCAGAAGGAAGCAGGCAUGCCGAAUGCACUCGAACGCGUCAACUUACCUGCCGUGAAGACGCGUUAGUGGCGGCAUGUCGCAAGUGAGUAGGAUUCAAGUUCUCAGACGCUCGCCGAUCGGCCGGAAGGUCCGUAAGAACGAUGCCGCAGGUGUCGUACGCAUUCGCAUCGACGUUUCCAUACACUGGCACCGCCCACGGUGAAUAUUGCUUACGCGUACCUGGUCCGCGACAUUUGUACAAAACCUGCGGCCCAGCAGUACUGGGUGAGGAUCCCAAUUUCACUGUCGAUCUCAUCCAAUCCUCCGACUCAGAACAUCAACAAGAUGCCCUCCUUCGCUGUGAUCGGUGCCUCGCGCGGGGUCGGCCUCGAACUUGUCCGCCAGCUCUCCGCCAAUUCAGCCAACACCGUUGUCGUGACCGUACGGAACAAAGAGAAGCCCACGUACCUCAAAGACUUGGUGCAGCGAUCAGAGAAUAACAACGUGUAUGUCAUCGAGGCGGACGUUGUGGACCAGCACGCCAUGGAGCUCGCAGCCGCCGAAGCGACGAAAAUUACUGGCGGAGCCCUGGAUGUUCUCGUCUAUAACGCCGCGCGCAUGGAGGCAGAGAAUAUGGUCAAGGGAUUCCUAGACUAUGAAACACCGGAGAAGCUCGACGAGGAGUUCAUCGCUUCCUUCAAGGUGAAUGUCCUCGGAGUCGUCCAUGCCGUCAAUGCCUUCUUGCCCCUUCUGCGCAAGGGCACGGCGAAGAAGAUCAUAACUAUAGGCAGCGAAGGCGGAGACUCCAGCCUCGUAUGGAAGAUGCGGCUCGCCAAGGCCGCAGCGUACGGGACGACCAAAGCGGCCGAGAACAUGGUUGCGACCAAGUAUGCGGCUGAGCUCGAGAACGAGGGGUUCACCGUCGUUUCCGUCAGUCCAGGCAUGGUCGACGUCUCUGCCACCGGGUCUGGUUACUCUGUGCCGCCUGAAGAGCUCAUGCCCACUGUCAACAAGAUCAUGAACGGAAUUUAUGCGGCUUUCCCAAAGGCCACCAUGAUCACGCCCGAGGAGUCGUGCCGCCGCCUGGUCAGCUUCAUCGACUCUGCCGGUCCCGCGGACAGCGGAAUCUUUCACCCCUCGACCGAGUACAUUUACUGAGCGCCUUUCGAGGGGAUAGAGUGGAACGGCUUUCUGUGUCGCAACGCUAGGCUAUUAAUGUGGCUAUGCAUCGCAGUAUUUGAUAGAUCACCCGUCCCGUAAAUGAACUGCUGCGUGAAGUAGUACGCAACAUAAGACAUCUACCGUGUCCAGUAAACUUA